AUGAUCGAUUUUCACUACUGCCAUGUAGUUGCAACACUUCUUAGGUACAAAUGUGAGCACUUGGGAGGUGAGCUUCUGGCAGGACAAUGGGUUACACCUUCCCUUUUAAUGGGCCACUGCAUACCCGUAUUAAAAACGUCUCAUAUUACUAUCGGCUAUCGGGCCAGGACAUGGGGUGAUCUUGAGUUAGAGUUUCAACCUUUUGCAAGACUUAAUAGUAGAGUGAUCAAAGAUCCACAAACCAUCACAUCCCAAAAACAGAUAUACAAAUUAGGAUUCUUCACACCUCCAAACACAACCAACCGCUACUUAGGCAUCUUCUUCUCCUUCUCCCUAGAAACCGUGAUUUGGGUCGCCAACAGAGACACACCCCUCACUGAUUCUUCCGGCUCCGUUACUCUGUCCCGACACGGCAAUCUUGUCGUCUUGGACGGGACUACUAAUCAAACCGUCUGGUCCACCAAUCUCACCACCUCUCCUACCAAUCCAGUAGUCCAAAUCCUUGACACUGGCAAUCUCGUCUUACGGGAAGAGGCCUCUGGAGACACGUUGUGGGAGUCUUUCUCACAACCUCUGGAUGUUCAGGUGCAGGGAAUGAGGCUAACUCAGAACGUUAACACCGGGAAGCAGGUGCUGCUGACGGCGUGGAAAAACGCCACUGACCCCGAGAAAGGGAGCUUCACCAUGGGCCUCGACGUCAUUAGCGGGACCAAGCAGCUUUACAUCUGGAACGAGGGGCGCCCGCGCUGGAGAAGCGGGCCGUGGAACAACCUGCUUUUCCUUGGGAUAAAGAAAUUGUUCUACAACUACUUAGAUGGGUUCAAUCAAGUCACGAAUGACAGUGCUGGAAAUUUCUUCUUUACCCCGCCCCAGCAGAAUGAUAGGCAUAUCAUAUCCACCGUGAAUUAUUCAGGAAGUCUGAACCGAAAGGCGUGGAAUGGCAUGGAAUGGGACGUGGUGAUGGCGUGUCCUGAAAACGAGUGUGAUGUUUAUGGAACGUGUGGGGCGUUUGGUAGCUGCAAUGCUCUCGAAUCGCCUAUUUGUAGUUGCUUGAGAGGUUUUGAGCCUGCAAAUGAGGAUGAAUGGAGGAGAGGGAAUUGGACUAAUGGUUGUAGGAGGAAGAGCCAGUUGCAGUGUGGAGACGAUGGAUUUGAGAGGCUGCGGAAUAUGAAGGUUCCGGACUUUGCUAAACCCUUGCCUUUUAUGGUUCAAGACGAGUGUCGGACCACAUGUCUGGGGAACUGCUCCUGUAUAGCUUAUGCUUAUUAUGAUAACAUUGGCUGUAUGUUUUGGAGCGAUAUCUUGAUUGACACUCAGGAUUUUGGUAGUGUUGGUGUUGAUCUCUACAUCCGUCUCUCUGCGUCUGAAUUCGGUAACUUCCUUUCACAAUUUACUUGCUAA